AUGCCACACAUCGAAGAGCUGCCCACGACGGCAAAGGCAGCUGCUCCAGGCUGGAGCUAUGUUGUCGACACUGGAUACGACCCUUCCAAGGCCGCCAUCAACCCUGCAAGUCGCAAGCGUGUGCGCGCCUCGACCGCUGGUCUCAGUCAAGGUGAUCUCACCAUCCGCCAACAGACUGCCAUCCAACGACAUUUAGACGAUCUCGACAAGGAUAGCCACAAGCCCGUCAACAUCGCCCCACCCAAAUCAAAUCGCCGUCAGACUCAGAACACACGCCGCAUCUUGGCUUCCANNGGAAAGGACUUUUCACAUUACUUGGACCAGGACGAAGCUGCAUUGGCUCUGAAGCAGCACCAUGGUCCGGAAGUCGACAUAGAACCCNCGAAGCCACCGCAGAGAGCAAGCAAAACACCCAUCGCAAGACGCAAACCACAACCAGCCCCAGUUGCCGUCGAAGCAAGUCCUGCUCCGACUGCCGCCGUGUCGAAUGCUGCUUCCACCACUCCCUCGGCACCUCUUAUACCUUCUUUCCUCAAGCCUUAUCUUAUCGACUCUCCCUCUGAGAUGAACAAACUACAACACGACUCUCUGCUCUCACCACCUGCUCCGCUUACAGCCACCACGGCCGAGAUCGAAGCUCUGCUAUCAGCACCACAACUUUCAUACAAUGCCGCUCGCUCUGCGCCUAGCCCAGCUACCGCUCCACCUCAAAGAAUCUUUUGUGAGAUGUGCGGAUACUGGGGCCGUGUCAGGUGUUUGAAGUGCGGUUCUCGUGUUUGCGGUCUUGAGUGCAAGAGCGCUCACGAAGAGAGCAGAUGCAUCAGAUUUUGA